CUAGCAGCACCCUCGCGCCUUCGUCCUCACCUCCCAGAGCUGCAUAGACCGCAGACCAGCGCCUCCUCGAGCAGCUUCACAACCUCGAACGGCGGUUCCUUCUCUGCCUUAUCUCCGUCGACCAGUGCAUCUCGACCAGCAACUUCAACCCCGGAGGUUCUAAGGUUGCAGCGAUCCUCACAAGGCAAUGGAGGAGUUCCGACUCGAGCACGAGACUUUCUGUGACCAGGGCCACAAUGUUGUUCUAUUAAACACAAAUGAGCCUGGCAGCAUUACAGUAACAAACUUCCGACUUCUGUUUGUGAGCAAGGCAACAAAAUGUGUUGUCGACUUGGGUACCAUCCCACUGACUGCAAUUGAGGAGUUAAAUGAUGCUCCGUCAGAGGAUUUAAAGAGGUUCUUGCCCCCAGACCGAAGUAUUUUUCAAGUUACUGGUCGUGAUACGAGAGUCCUUGUGUUUGUUUUUGAAUCUAAGAACAAGGACAUGAAGAAUAUGAUUGAAUAUUUGAAGAAGUGCAUUAAACAUGUUCAUUUGGGACAUAUUUAUCCAUUUUCUUCCAAGCCACCUGCUGAUAAGGUACCUAGUCAAGCUAUGCUGCGGCUUCUCAGAGAAUAUCACCGUCUAUUCCAGAAAUGGUUUGCCCAUUCGCCAAGCACACAUUUUAAUGCUCAAGUUCAUUUGCAAAACAAAUGGUGGAGGGUCUCUAAAGUAAACUCUGAUUAUGCACUAUGCCAAACUUAUCCUGCUUGGCUAAUUGUCCCUAACAAGAUAAGUGAUGAAAGUCUUUGGGUAGCUUCUACUUACCGGAAGUGUAGUCGUUUGCCUGCUAUUUCAUGGUUUGAUCCUGGGUCUGGAGCUGCUCUGGCAAGGUCAUCUCAGCUCAAGACACAGAAUCUUGCAAAGAUGGAGGAACUUUUGUGUGCUCUUGGCACCCCAAGUAUUCACCACACUGACCGGCCAAGGAAAUUAUACAUAGUUGAUGUUCGACCAAUAGUCAACAAUGUUGCAAAUAUGUCCAUCAGUGGUGGCUCAGAGUUAUCUUAUAACUACGCACAUACUGAGGUUUUCUAUUCUGGAUUAGACGAUAUCCAUGUGAUGAAAGAUAGUUUUCGUGGCCUUCGGGAGUAUAUGAAUGCUUAUGACUAUAUCUCAUCAAAUGGAGCCACUUUAGAUCAAGGAGAUCCUAUAUCAUCCUGGGUUACACAAACCUCAAAAAGUAUGGCAGAUAUUUCCAAGCUGCAGAAAUGGCUAAGUCAUAUUCAGAAUAUCCUGGUUAAUGCUUCAUAUAUCACAAGAAAGAUUACUGGCGAAUCAGCCUCGGUUCUUGUACACUGCAGCGAUGGAUCGGAUGGUACAAGUCAGUUAGUUGGUCUUUCUUGCCUACUUCUAGAUCCCUAUUAUAGAACAUUCAGUGGAUUCCAGGCACUUGUGGAAAAAGAUUGGCUAGCUUUUGGCCAUAAAUUUGCAGCAAGAAUGGGUGUCCCGACUAUGACGGCCGGAGAAGGGUGGCCAAAUUUCAAGCUGCCGUGGCAUGGUGACAGUUCAGUUCACUCCGAAGAGAGUUCACCUAUAAUCUUGCAGUGGCUAGAAUGUAUUGCUCAUUUGAUAUGCAUGUACCCAUGUGCAUUUGAGUUCUCAUCUAAAUUCCUUGUUGAUUUUAUGGAUGCUAUUUUAUCAUGCCGCUUUGGUAACUUCCUCUGCAAUAGUGAGUGGGAAAGGGAGCAAGCUGAUGUUGCCUCAUGUCCUUGCAUUUGGAAGUUUUUGGCUGACCUCCGGGCUUCCGACACCUUGCAUGAGCACCGGAACCCAUUCUAUGACCCAGAGAAGCAUAAUGGUCCUAUCGUCCCCCCGGCUCCAGCUCUCGCUCCGACUCUAUGGCCACAAUUCUAUUUGAGAUGGUCUUGUCCUUUGGAAUCACAUUGUGGUGGUGGUGGAUACCACGAAUUAGUCAAGCUCUAUAUGCUUUUGUUUUGUCCACAGGCAAAAAUGGCAACUCAGCCGCGAAGAGAGUCUCAAAGCUUACCAGCAGAUGAGAAUCAGCCUGUAAAGGGAAGGCCAAUACGUAUCGUAGGUUCCAAUGCCAGGAAGCUUUAGAUCAGUAUUGUCUCCUCGGUGGUAGUAGUAAGAGGGAUGGUACCGAAGUUUAAACAUUCUAAAUGUACUCCUUCGGUUCAAUAAAGGAAAUCUCAACUUCAAAUCUUCGGUUUGAAGACAAAGAUAAGACAUUGGAAAGAUAGCCAAAUUUGUUUGUUUGGUUUAAGGGAUAAGAAAUGGAUAUG